AUAUUAUUCGGGUGCAAAGAGGAAUUUCUGCAGAAAACAGCUGGCAGAUUGUUAGAAGAUACAGUGACUUUGAUUUGCUGAACAACAGCUUGCAGAUUGCAGGCCUAAGUCUACCUCUUCCUCCCAAAAAAUUGAUUGGUAACAUGGAUCGUGAAUUCAUAGCUGAGAGGCAGAAAGGUCUUCAGAAUUAUCUCAACGUUAUCACCACAAAUCAUAUCUUGUCUAAUUGUGAGCUGGUUAAGAAAUUUUUAGAUCCAAACAACUAUUCUGCAAACUACACUGAGAUUGCCUUACAACAGGUUUCCAUGUUCUUUCGAUCAGAACCGAAGUGGGAGGUGGUAGAACCAUUGAAAGACAUGGGUUGGAGGAUAAGGAAGAAAUAUUUCUUGAUGAAGAUUAAAAAUCAGCCAAAGGAGCGGCUAGUGUUAAGCUGGGCUGACCUUGGCCCAGAUAAGUACUUGUCAGAUAAAGAUUUUCAGUGUCUAAUCAAACUUCUGCCUUCCUGUUUGCACCCUUACAUCUAUCGGGUUACCUUUGCCACAGCUAAUGAAUCAUCAGCAUUGCUAAUUAGGAUGUUUAAUGAAAAAGGAACUUUGAAGGAUCUGAUCUAUAAGGCAAAACCAAAAGACCCAUUUCUAAAGAAGUACUGCAACCCUAAGAAGAUUCAGGGCCUUGAACUCCAGCAAAUAAAAACAUAUGGUCGGCAAAUAUUAGAAGUACUAAAGUUUCUACAUGACAAGGGCUUCCCUUAUGGGCAUCUUCAUGCCUCCAAUGUGAUGCUGGAUGGGGAUACUUGCCGGCUGCUAGAUCUUGAGAAUUCCUUAUUGGGCCUGCCUUCCUUCUACCGAUCUUAUUUCUCACAAUUUAGGAAAAUCAAUACAUUGGAAAGUGUGGAUGUCCACUGCUUUGGCCACUUACUGUAUGAAAUGACUUAUGGCCGACCGCCAGACUCGGUGCCUGUGGACUCCUUCCCUCCUGCACCAUCCAUGGCUGUGGUGGCCGUGUUGGAGUCUACGCUGUCUUGUGAAGCCUGUAAAAAUGGCAUGCCUGCCGUCUCCCGGCUCUUACAGAUGCCAUUAUUCAGUGAUGUUUUAUUAACCACUUCUGAAAAGCCACAGUUUAAGAUUCCUACAAAGUUAAAAGAGGCAUUGAGAAUUGCCAAAGAGUGUAUAGAAAAAAGACUAAUUGAAGAACAGAAACAGAUUCACCAGCAUCGAAGACUGACAAGAGCUCAGUCACACCACGGAUCUGAGGAAGAGAGAAAAAAGAGAAAGAUUUUAGCUCGAAAGAAGUCAAAGCGAUCUGCUAUUGAAAAUAGUGAAGAGCAUUCAGCAAAGUACAGCAACUCCAAUAAUUCAGCAGGAUCUGGGGCCAGCUCACCUCUCACGUCCCCGUCAUCGCCAACCCCACCUUCUACAGCAGUAGAGCAUGCACCAUUUUGAACGUGAAUUUUCGGGAUAUCUGCAUUACCUCCACCUCCUCCUCCACCUCCGCCUCCACCACCAGCAGCUCCCCUGCCUCCUGUGCGCACAGAGGUGCCCUCACAGCUCUUGCCCCAGGCUGUGAAUGGUGUGAGCCGAGGGGCCUUGCUAAGCUCCAUCCAGAAUUUCCAAAAAGGAACUUUGAGGAAAGCCGAAACCAAUGAUCACAGUGCUCCUAAGAUCGGCUGAAGCUUCCUGUUUACACUUGGAGGGAAAGUAGUUCUUGUUUUUCUCUCCUACCCGUAUCUUCUAAAGUACCCUCUUCCUGGAUGAAUAAUUGCUGAGCCAGCACAGCCACAUACUAUUUUACAGAUGCUCGUGUGAGAGGCUUUUCAAGAGGGAAAUAUUCUUCAAGUUAAAUAAAGUUGGGCUGGCAUUGCUGCCUUAAGAAAUAUUUUGCUCCUUUAUUACCCCUGUAAAGGAGUCUUGUUCAUCCACUAAUGGGCAUCUUUUUGGGGCAGCGUCAUAUUAGAAUCAAUAUUUAUACCAACUAAAGGAAAUGAACAGAAAAAAAUGACAAUAUUCAAUCACAGCAGUGAAUACCUUUGUGUUGCAAUCUCUCUUUAACUCUGUCAGACAGCUCCUAGAAAGUUCCUCUCGUUCAUUUCUCUAAGGAAGUUUCUGGUUGUUUCUUAGAUAAAUCCCAGUUUUGCUACCUUUAUUUCAUCUCAGAUAUUAACACUAGCCCAGUCAGAGAAGCAACUGAGUUCUUCAUUUUCCCCUGAAAUAUAAUGGGGUAAGUUCGUAAUGUUCUCUUCAGUUCUAACAGGAAUAUCGUUGUGAUUAUAGAACUCAGGGCUGCUAAAGCAACUAUUCUAGACUCACAGUUUUUUUUAGUUAGAAUAUACGAGAAACAGACAAAAAUAAAUGUUAACAUCAGAAAAAAAACUCUUGUCUAUUAGAAGAUCUUAGUCCUCAGAAUGCAAUGAAGUCAAGUUUGGGUUUGGGGGGGUGGGAAGUGUCAUUAUUAAAGUAAUGACAAGUAAAUUUGAAAUCCAUAGAAAUCAACUCUGAUUUUUGGAAGAUUUAUCCAAAUACAUCAUCUUUUUAAUGUUACUCAUUUAUUAGAUCCUUUAUCCUAUGAUUUGCUUAAAUCUUUAAAUAAAUUGCACUUUAAAGGAUUAUAAAUAAUCCAUUUAAAAAUUCAAGUACACACAUCAGUGUUGGUUACUAUGCAGAGAGAAUGUCAUUGUGUAUAGUUUCAUGUAAUCUGUGAUAAAUGUUCAGCUGUAUUUUUUAUUAAAAUAAACCGUGUCAAGAAAA